CUUGUCGGAAGUUGUAGUUUUUGUUUUCCGUUAGCUUCACUGUGGUUUUGUAACGCGCAGUAAGGUCACACAGAGGCUGUUUACAUCAGCUAACACAGCUAAUUACACAGCGUGCAGGUUAUACUUUUACAUGUCGGUUGAUUAACUUACUGGUGAUUUAGUGACGGGACCAGUUUAACCAGAGGAAAUGGGUUGAACCGGUUUAAAACAGUCAAACAUCAGAUCCUGCAUCAGUUCAACACCUGACGACUACUCAGCCAAUCAGAGCUCCCUGCCCACUCCCUUACCUCAGAAAGCCUGUAUAAAGACCAGAGCCGAAAAACUCACCAAAAAAACUGUGGUGAGCUCAGGGUCCUCGGUGUUUAAUCUGUAGCUCCAGCUUUAAACUGAUGACCCAUUCAGAGUUCAACAUCACGUUCAGUGUCUGUCUGUAAUCAUAAAUCUGCCCUCAGACACGAGAAGAAGCUCAGUGAUGUGCUGAGAGCUGAACUUUCCCAUUCACUUCAAUACAGUCAGAGUUUGACCACAGCAGCAUCAUUAGAGGACAUUAAAGGAACAUCAUUAGAGGAACUGCAGCUGAAGACACUCCAGUCCCGGAGUCAUCGUGUCCUUCUAGCUCUCUGCUGACCUGGUUUCUGAUCUUUGGUCUGGUGAAUUAGUCCGAUGGCGCGGCACAGUAAGCUGCAAAAGCAGGUCCUUGCUCUGUACCGGCAGUUUCUGCGGGCCGGUCAGGACAAACCAGGCUUCAUCCCCCGAAUCCGUGACGAGUUCAGAGUGAAUGCUUGCAUCAAGAAGACGGACGUGAUGCACAUUGAGUAUCUGUACAGGCGAGGACAGAGACAGCUGGAGCAGCUGAGGGACGUAAACACCAAACAGUUAGGCUCUUUCUCCAAACCUGCAGAGAAGAGCUGACCUCUGACCUGCUGUAUGUCUGUGGCUGUUAAUGCCACGACAAAAACUUGUAAUGCUGAGAUGCUGAAGUCCAGUAGGCAAGCAAAUGCUCAGUAUGGAGAAAAGAUGCGAUUUAUCAUAAAAUAAAUUUUUUGGAUGUUAAAUAUGCAACAUGUUGUCUUACUGUUUAGACUCAUGAACAUGAAUAAACUUUCUUUGACACACUUGAUGAUAAUUAUAAUAAUACACUCAGUGAUGUGGAUAAGACUAUAAUGUGGAAAAGAUUAAUAUUGCAGUCAUUAUCACAGGAUGGAGCAUUCCGCAUGUUAAAGGGAUAGUUUGGAGUUUUUGAAGUAGGGUCAGGGUGCAAAGUCAACGUUUUUGUCCACUGGCCAAAUGGCUAGUGAAUAUUAAAAUGUUACCAUCCA